AUGAAGUGGUGGAUUCUGACUCUCCUGGGCCCGGCCCUGGCUGACUCGGUCUUCAACAAGCUGGACGCGCGCACGCAAAACCAGGUGUUCCAGAUCAUCGAACGGUACAACGAUCUGAAGGACGACCAGGUCCAGUUCGAGGAGUGGAUUUCUCCCGACAACAACGCCUACAUCGUCCCGCGAUACCGCGCCGCGGCCGUUGCCGAUGCGCCGUACGUCUAUGGCAACGGGUACCAGUUCUAUGGCUCCGACAACGACGCGGUCGGGUCCCUGGCGACGGAGACGGGACAGCAGAUGGGGCUGAUCAAGGAGGAGGACAUUGCCGCGCAGGGCUUCCCGAACGUGUUCAAGAAGCUGAAGGACCACAUCCACGGCUCCUGCGAGGAGGAGGGCGGUGCCGAGGAGUACUUUCCGUUCGGCGCGCGCAAGUUCCUGCUCGUGGGUGUGAAGAAGGAGUCGGUGGAAUUUGUUGCGGACAAAAACAGCUUGCAGGCCCGAGAGCCCGACGGCUCUGUUGACGCCAACUGGUGGCCUAAGAAAAAAAAGGAGGACGACUGCGACGGCGAGGAGGAGCAGAAAAAGCUAUUUGGCACCGACAAGUUCUUCUUUGUGGGCAUCGGCUCUGUUGACAACACGACCGCAAACCUCAGACCGGUCUCAGCUGCCCGCUCGUCUCCGCUGUCGCCUUUGGAGUACGCCUCCCGAAACAAGCAGGUUGCACAGAACGCGGUCUCUGCUAUGUCUCCUGCGCCGCGUGUCCCAACAACACUCUCUCUCAGCUACCAGACAAAGCCCAACGCGAGCGUAGACCUGUUCAAGCAGUUCCAGAACAAAAGCAGUCUGGAGGUGCAGAACGACGCCGCCGCGGCGUCCGGCCGCUCGCUGUCGCUGAUCGGGGCCCUGGUUCUGAUCGGGUCGUCGGUCCUGCUGUUCUAG